UGUUUUUAGAGAAAUUGGAAAAGCUCACAUUUCCUCAAUUCCUUCAAGCUCUCUCAAUCAAAAUCAAUGGCGUCGUCUCUGUCUCCACCGGAAGAAGCUUCGUUUCACCACCGUCACUCCAAAAGAUACUCCUCUUCCUCUUCCAACGGCGUAGCUGUCGAAUCGGUUUCCGAUUUCGUCAAACGCCCCAAAAUCUCUCCUCCGAAUUACAUAUCUUCCUCUGAGAUCGAAUCAGAAUUUUCGCAUCACGAUCCAGACUUCACUCGGAUCAACAACGGAAGCUUCGGCUGUUGUCCUUCAUCAAUCCUAGCUCGACAACGAGAUUGGCAGCUCAGGUUCCUUCGUCAACCGGAUCGAUUCUUUUUCGAACAACUCAAACCCAAACUCUCAGAAUCUAGAUCCGUGAUCAAACGUCUCAUCAACGCAGAGCACGACGACGAAGUCUCAAUCGUCGAUAACGCUACAACCGCAGCUGCAAUCGUUUUACAACAAACCGCUUGGGCUUUCCGUGAAGGGAAGUACGAUAAAGGCGACGCGGUUGUUAUGCUUCACUACGCGUUUGGUUCUGUUAAGAAGUCUGUUGAAGCGUACGUUACACGCUCCGGUGGACAUGUCAUCGAGGUACAGUUGCCGUUUCCGGUUAUCUCGGCAGAUGAGAUUAUAGACCAGUUUAGGAUUGGUUUAGAAGCCGGUAAGGCGAAUGGUAGGAGAGUUAGGUUAGCUUUGAUUGAUCAUGUGACUUCGAUGCCUAGUGUUGUGAUUCCGAUUAAAGAGCUUGUCAAGAUUUGUAGAAGAGAAGGUGUUGACCAAGUUUUCGUUGAUGCUGCUCAUGGGAUUGGUUGUGUUGAUGUUGAUAUGAAGGAGAUUGGUGCUGAUUUCUAUACAAGUAAUCUUCAUAAGUGGUUCUUCGCUCCGCCGUCUGUUGCUUUCUUGUAUUGUAGGAAAUCGAGUAGCGGUGCGAGGGAUUUGCAUCAUCCCGUUGUGUCGGAUGAGUAUGGGAAUGGUUUGGCGGUUGAGAGUUCGUGGGUUGGUACUAGAGAUUAUAGUGCUCAGUUGGUGGUUCCUUCGAUUUUGGAGUUUGUGAAUCGGUUUGAAGGAGGGAUUGAUGGUAUUAAGAAGAGGAAUCAUGAGUCUGUGGUUGAGAUGGGUCAGAUGUUGGUUAAGUCUUGGGGGACUCAGUUUGGUUGUCCUCCCGAGAUGUGUGCCAGUAUGAUCAUGGUCGGGUUACCGGUUUGUUUAGGAGUGUCGAGUGAUUCGGAUGUUUCGAAGCUUAGAACGUUUUUGAGGGAAAGGUUCCACAUUGAAAUCCCGACCUACUUCAGGCCACCUGCAGACGGUGAGAUUGAUCCGAUCACGGGAUAUGUGCGUAUUUCUUUUCAAGUUUAUAACAAACCUGAGGAUUAUCAUAGGCUCAGGGACGUAAUUAACGGACUUGUGAGAGAUGGGUUCAGAUGCACGUCUCUAUCUGGUUGAUUAAGGGCAUCAAGCUUUUCGGGAGAAUGAAUCAUCCUGAAAGUUAUCAUGGUUUAGGUACCAUGGAGCUUCAUGAGAUAUAGUAACCUUUCUAUUUCCACAAUCAUAUCUCUCAACAUGAACUUCUUAUACAGUAAUCAUGUAUGAUAAAAUAAAACUAAGCUUUCUUCUAUUUCCUUUGCUCAUUUUCGCCUGUUCAAAAUCUCCCUUUCACAUUAGCAAGUCAGGGUAAUAACGCAAAUUGUAGUCAGUGUUACUGGUUCGUGAAUGGACAUGUCACGGUCGUAAAAGUUUAUAAUCUGUUACGUUUA